GUAAGAUCGUGAAUACCAAUUUCAAUCAGACUAGUGCAAACACGAUCUGUAGUUACAAAAUGGGAUCUUGGAUGCUAUAUUCGUGUUUUGUAUUAUCUUGUUUAGUUUCAAUGUCUGAACAAUGUAAAUGCUACACAAUUCAUACACAGUCAUUAGUUUGUGAACCACUUUUAGUAGUCCUUGAGGCUAAAAUUGAGUCGUUCUCUGAAACUAAUAAUGACACAAACUACCAAAUAUCAGUGAAAAAAAUAUAUAAAGGAGAAGGAAUUUAUUCAUUCUCCGAUGGAACGACACUGAAGACCCCUAAAAAUCCUUCAGCAUGUGGACCUGUAGUUUUAAAAGUAGGAUCAAGCUAUAUUCUCUCAGUCUUUGUCCAUGAUGACAAUAUGCAUUUGAGGUUGUGUGAUAUCCGAGCUAGUUUAUCUAAUGCAACAAACGCAUUGCUAGAAGGCAUGAGCGGAAAAUAUCUUGAGAUUUGUCGUUGUCAGAUUCCUUCAAUUUAUGCACCAGCAAAAACAGGACCACGGACCAAACACCAAUGCGGAGACCUACCUCUAGCAUGUAAUAAUUAUGAUACCAUAUGUAGCAGGGAUAAUGAUGGUCAGUGCAAUUGGCAAGAUUGUUAAAGAAAAGUGACUCCAAAGAUGUUCUUUUUGUAAUAUACUG